GAGAGGAAGAAUGAGGAUUAUUUAAUUUGUUGUUGGUGUUGAGAGGGAAAAUGAGGUUUAUUUUGUGGUCCGUUUUCUGUCUUAUUGAUCAACUUCUUCAUCUACCUGUAAAAGAACGCCGACAUGUGGAAUCAAAGCCGUAGGCAAUUGUAUCUAGGCUCUAUUUAUGAGAAGGGAUGAAGGGUGAGAAUCUCGAGCGAAGCAUUUAAGAAGAUGAAGUCAACUGCUCAGAAGCGGCCAAGCAGAGAGAAAGCUAAUUCCACUAAUCAUCUUUGUGGUCUUCAAAUUUCAUGAACAGUUCGUCUUUUUUUUAUCUCAGGCUUCCAGCGAUCGUAAGAUGCGUGAACAUCCAAGGAAGGUCCAUCGACCUGCAAAGAGGCACAGCAGGAAAGAAAGGCUCUCAACAGGCAGAGAGAGUUAGAAUCAAGCAACAAAUUAGGGAAUUGAGAGGAGUUCUUCCCAAUAGCAGCAAGCCUGAUAUGGUCUCUGUGCUCGUUGAGGCAAUUGACUAUGUGAAGUUACUCCAAUCUGAAGUUCGUGCAAUGAUGAUGAGAAACAGCCUUCAAGAUGGAGUUUCCACAGUUGGGCUACAAUGCCUUCAACAUCCCCAUUUUCCAGUGGGACCAUUGGAAGUACCAAUGGCACUAGGAACCAAUCAAAGGAUGCACUUUGGUCAUGGAUGCCCAGGCAUGGGAUGCUACUCCAGUGUUCCACCGCUUCAUUCUUCAACUGCUCAUCAUUAUAUUUCUGGAGCUUCAACCCUGCCAUGGCUGCACCAAUUGCCAACUUUCCCAAUGCAUGUCACUCAGCUCCAUCACCCUCCCAUUUACUUGCAGCAAGCAGGACCUUUACCACCAUGCAAGUGUCGCUUCGUGUUGGCCGAUGCUCGGACUUGGUCUUGCCCAGUGAACUCUCUUGUGCCACACCAGGAGGCUGAGGCUCAGCAGGAAGAGUCAGUUACUACAAUGACUAGUGCUUCUACUGAAUAAAGUUAAUCCUGUUCUCCAGAUCAAGUUCAAGCAAAACUGCCUGUCUCAUCUUGGCCUUGUGGACUCAUUUGCCGAUACACUAUCAGUCACAAUGACGUGUAGUAUAUAUAGAUCAAACAUCAACUACUAUCCUCAAAUGUGAGCUGGGAGUCGCUGUUGCAAAGUUAGCCUGAAAUAGAAGAUAUAGGAUAGUGGAAGUUAUAGUGGAUUGGUAUAAGCUGCAUAAUAAGCCAGAUAUAUACUGGCCUAUAUAGGAAGGUGUAGGAUGGUCAAGUUCCAGUUCUUCUUCUGCUUCCGCUUUCGCGCCCUUCUACUUCUUUACCUUCGAAAAUUUCGUGUUUGUAAACCUACUUUGGCCCAAGGACCUGAAAUUUUCAGCACAGGUUAAAGUUGGGAGACCUUCAUAAUUUCAUUCA